AUGGUCAAGCACCCAACAGCAAAGACCUCCUUCGGCUCUCUCCAGAACCCUGACCAAGUCUCGAACGCUGUCAUCUUCCAUUCCUCCUUCUCACCCGAGGGUGCACACAACUACUGCAUCAUCACCCCCGGUGCUGAUCGCUACCGUCUCAGAGUCUUCGACACCGCCACAGGAAACCUCAAGAACGACUACGAGGAAAAAGAAGGCGACGGCAAGUGGACCUGUGUCCGCUGGGGACACAUCACCGAAGUUGCCUCAAAAAAGAAGAAGGGUGUAACGACUGCAGGAAGCCGCAGCCCAGUUCUCGCUCUUGGACACACUAACGGACAGAUCUCAAUCUACUCAUUGACCCACGGCCUCGUUCUCCACCAACUCUCGGGAUCGCACAAUGGAAAGGUCAACGACUUUUGUUUCUCGGCUAGCGGGACCCGCGGCUUUUCUGCAGGCGAGGAUGGUCUGAUCUGCGAGUGGGAUAUCGCUCAGGGCGUCGAGAUGAGCAAGUUCCGUGCUGACAACAAGUCUGUCAAGAAGAUUCAGCUGGAUCACGAGGAGGACAUGCUCUUGACCGCGGGACAUAGCAUGAAGCUCUGGGAUCUUGAGACGCGCGAGGUCAUCAAGUCGUUCACAGGACAUGCCAGCGUCAUCACCAACGUCGUCUUUUCUGCCAACGACAAGUUCUUGGCCUCGACCGCCGAGCAGGAUCGUUUCAUUAACCUCUGGGACUGCACGCGCGAUAACCAGCAGGAGGGUAACAUCACAGCUUUGACACUGGACAACACAGUUUCGCAUAUCGACAUUUCAUCGACCAACGCCGUCUUGGCCAUCUCAGAGGAAGGAACAGCCGGUUUGUGGCAGAACGCACAGACUGCAAGCGGGACAUCCAGCGUGAACGGAAAGGCCAGCAAGAAGAAGCGUUACACGACGCGCGCAUGCGACUGCUUGAUCAAGAUUGAGUCUUCUCGUGGCGAACGAUCUGUGAUUCCAUUGUUGGGAGGAGUUUUCACACCCCAGGGCCAGAUGAUUCUCGCCCGCGGAUCAAACAUCAAGCCCGUCUUUGAGAAGGUCGACUUCCAGAACGAGGACGGAUCAUUAAAGGAGAAGGAAUUGGUCUUGACCCGCACCCCCGUCUCUGGGUUCCUCAUGGACGAGUCAGCGCAGACGGCCAGCAACGUGAAGGCGACCAAGAAGGCAUAUGAUGAGACCUCAGUGACAGUUGUGGGAGCAGCAGAUUUUGCAAUGGCCCAACCAGGUCUGGCUGAGGCUGCGGACGAGGAUGAUCAGAGCGAUGAUAAUGAGGUCAGCGAUAGUGAGAAGGGCGCUGCUCGGUUGGAGGGACGGACUAUGAAGGAGAAGUUGGAAGAUUUAACGGUUGAGCGGACUGGCAAGAAGGCAAAACAGAACAAGUACGCGACGCCCAAGGCCAACUCGCUGCAGCAGAUGUUGAUCCAGGCUUUGCACUCGAACGAUUUGCAGCUGUUGGAGGCCUGUUUAACAUACAGUAACGUCGACGUCAUCCGGAAUACCGUCCGUCGUCUGCCCACCGCCUAUGUGAUCCCCUUCCUGACUCAGGUCAUCCACAAGUUUCAACAAAAGCCCAGUCGUGGAGAGGCUCUUCUUGAGUGGAUCAAGGCCGUCUUGUUGAUCCAUACCGCUUACUUGAUGACUGUUCCUGACUUGGUCAGGAAGCUAUCCAACUUUUACCAAACUCUGGAUUCCCGUGUAUCGGUAUACAGCAAAUUGAUCAACCUGCAUGGACGUCUUGACCUGGUGAUGAGUCAGGUCGAGAUGCAGCACAAAGAUACCGACGAUAUCUCCAACGUGGCGCAAACGGUGUACCGGGAGGAUGAGGACGAUGAUGAGGAUGAGGAUGAUAUGGAUCUUGAAGACGAUGAGCAUGCUGACGAGGACGACGAGUCUGACUCGGACGAUGAUGAUUCAGAGGGACUCGACUCGGAAAUGUCGGACGACGAUGAUGACGAUGAAGAUUCCUCGGAGGACGGCGACGACGAGGACGAGGAGUAG